AUGAGCGUGCUCGCGCCCGCCAGAUCAUGUCACCCGCACGGUCAUCCUACUUACUCAUGUGCGACGUCUCCUUUGACUCUGCGAGUCAAGUUCGUCUUGGCUGAACUGGUUGUUUCCUACGACGUCAUCGAGCUCAACAUCCCAUACAGCAAGCCCGACUGGUACAUGGAGAAAGUGAACCCCGCCGGCCUCGUGCGUCUCCCCACUCUUCUCAUCACAGCCCCUCCCGAAUCCGCCAACCCGCCGGUUCCGGCACGCACCGCAGGUCCCGCACCUCAUCUACGGCGGCCCCCGCUGCGCGAAGACGAAGCGCCCUCCCCCUCCGCGCUCGCAGUCACCGACUCCGCGCUCUUCCUCGCCUUCCUCGCGGACGACCUCUUCCCCGCCGCGGGCCUCCGUCCCACCGCGAUCGCCGCGCACCUUGCGGACCUGCUCUGCCUGCUCUUCACGUUCGCGAUCGUCGGGGAGCCCGCGGCGCCGCUCGUCGCCGCGCUCGGGGCGCUCGAGGGGACGUUGCCCCCCGACGGCGGGUGGGUCGCGGGCGCGGGCGAGGCGUGGAGCGUCGCGGACGCGGCAGUCGUCCCGGUGCUGCUGUUCCUCCGCGCGGGGUUCAGGGCGGAGGCGGAGACGAUGGACGCCGCGGAGGCGGGGAAGGUCGCGCGGGCGCUGGAGGCGCCACUGAUUGCGCGGUACUUGGAGGACAACUUGAGGCGCGAGAGCGUCGCGAAGUUGUGGGACGAGGAGGCGAUGACGAAGGUGUUCAAGCACGUGGCUGUCAAGAGGGUUGCGGCUGCGAAGGCGGCGAGCGCGCGCGCGUAG